AUGGCGAAUUCAGUUGAUGCAAAUUCUGCUAAGUGUUUCUCCGGCGUCAUACGGCGGUUGUUGUGCGGUGGUAGCCUCCCAACACACCCGUCUGAACAAUUUGCUGAGUCCAAGAACUGCAAAGAAGUUGAUCACCCGCUUGAAAAUGAUUUAAAAUCUGAUGAAGCCAGAGUGAAAGCUGCAGAAGCUCCAGGAGUGGUGGCCAGAUUAAUGGGUUUAGAUUCACUGCCAGGAGAUAUCAAGCCAAAAGAUAAAAGUUUGGCUUCUUAUUUUCGAAGCAGGUCAGUGAAUUCCAUUGAUUUUCUUGCACAGUUUGAUGUUUCUAGUAAACUAUCCCCGGCCAAACACAGAAGAGUAAGAACAGCAGUGUCGUUGGGUGAAGUCCCUUCUCUUGAUCUCAAAGGCAAACAUGAUUUUAACGUGAUUCUGCACUUUGAGCAAGUAGAAAAUUGUAAAGAUGAACCCAAAUAUCAAGAAAGAUUGGAGGUGAAAAAGCCUGAAGCGAUGAAUAAUAUUUAUCAACCAGUGAAACAGAAGAAGGUCCUCGUCAAUCAAAACAUAAUAGAAAAACCAUAUCUUACGAAGAAAUCUUGUAAGAAAUUGGAGGAUAAGCCCAAGAGAGUGCAUAUUAAGAAGAAUGUUAGUAGAAAAAUGAAUGUGGACCUCAAGGAAAGAAGGCCAGCUAAAUCAGAGUUUACCAAGAAGAAAAAUAAUGAGUACAGUGAAUGCGACCCAAGAAAUUCCCGUUCUUUCUCAGUUUUUUAUGACAUUCAAGAUUAUCAGAUCCACCCAGAAGCCACUCCAUCGGAAGUUUCGCUGGUACGUCAAGGUUCAAACAAACCCAUAUCUCAUUGUAACUAUGCAGAACUCAAGGCAUCCACUGGCGAACAUGAUAACGACAAAACGAUGAAGGAAGAGAGUUCUUACAGCAUAAAAUUGCUCGAAAAAAUCAGUAAUUUGACAGCAGAUGAUCUAGAGAAGUCUUGUUGGGUACCCAAUCAAGUGUUAAAGUUUGAAGAUUUUGAAGAGAUAUGUUUCCAUUAUGGGCAACAAAUUUUUGAGUUAUUGUUGAAUCAAGUUGUUGAUGAACUUGUGCUGCUUCAGCUUCACAGGAGAAAGGGAUUAUUUUCCCAUGCAUGUUAA